CCAUCGCCAUACGAAAGUGAUGAGGAAAAGGUGCGUCAUAAAUUUGUUUGUUCAGAAGAAAGAGGUACAAUUUUGUUGAAGUUUGAUACGCUCAAUUCCUAUAUAUUUUAUGUGACAGGUUUAUCCAGCAUCUAUUCAACGUGAAUGUUCUUUUCUUUUUUGUCUGAUUCUGAAGCUACAACCAGUGGCAAAAACUUGUAGCGUUGAGACACUCUGACGAGAAAACGACCGUUCUUGCUUUAAAUCGCUUCUAGUCACAGGUCUGUGAGCUAAAAUAUUGACCUCCCUCCUCCCCUCCCUUCAAAGUUGUUCCUCCAAGUUUGGAACAUGCUCUUGUAUUGCUAGCAACUUUGAUAAGAGGUGGAGGGGGAUCACAUGCACAAGAUCAUGGACAGGACAUUUGUGCCAAAAUACGGUACGGUGUGUCAAGUAGUUUUGCAGCUGGUUGUAGCGUGUUUUUCGUUACUUAAGGGUUUUUUUAUGACCGUUUUGCAAGUGGAUUAUGUAUUCACAGAAAAAAAAAUUUCUUUGGCCGUACAAGAAGUCCCUCUUGUAAUUCAUGAUGUUUUCCACGAACAUUGUUAUUUAACGUUAUGUAUCAAUGUAUCAAUCAUGGAGGUAUCAGUAACGUGCAUUAGUUUGGAAAAUAAGCCUAACUAUUGCACCGUAAAACUGUCUUACAAAUACUCAUGUUGUACUUCAUACAAUGAACUUAACACCUUUCAAAAGAAAUUCACCAAUCCACACUUAACCUCAACUGUGUGCCAUUAAAUUUUUGAGGCAGGGUCUUGGUAAUUGAAGGAAAAUAAAAAUAAUCUGCAAAAACAAACCUAAUGUGAGCAAAAAUAUAGCAUCGAGUUAAUGCUAUUAUAUUUACAACCAAAAACUAGGAAUCAAAUUUACCUCUUUUGAAGUUUACAUCUUAUGCUUUACUGGAUCAAACUUUUUGUCUAAAGGGAAGACUAAAAUAGUAAUCAGGCUGAUUUUUGUGCUGACCAGUAUACUUUACAAAAUCGGGCCCAGCGCUUGUAAACAACAACAACAUAAGCUUUAUUACCAAAUAAAAGUUAACUUAAUUUACAAUAUAAUAUAUUAAUACAAAAAAAGGUAACAUUUACUCAGAAUAACUAAAAAGCUAAUCGAGCUGAGUAAAGCUAAAUAAUGUUCAGGCAUAGGAGGUAGGUUGGCACUAAAGCUAGAAAAAACAAGGAAUUAGUAAAUAGAUAAAAGGAAAAAAAAAUGAAAAAGGAAAAAAAAAAGAAAAAAAAAGACUCACGAACAGUAAGACUGUAAGAUGUUUGUUCAUCAAGGUUAUUCCAAACUUUUACAGCCACGAAGCGAAAGUUGAAUGUACCAUAGUUUGUUUUGAUAGUAUUGAGGUAAUAGGUUGAUUUAGAAGCAAGCCUGGUAUUGUAUGAGUGUAUGGAUGCUACCGUUUUAAAGAAAUUUUCAAAGGAAGAUGGAAGAAGAUUAUGGUGAUAGUUAUACAUGAGGAGUGCAUUGUGAAGGGUAACAAGAUCAGUUAAUUUAAGAAUGUUUAAUUUCUUAAAAAGAGGCUCAGAGUGAUCACCUGGUUACGAAAAAGUUAUAAUACGUGUUGCUUUCUUUUGGAGAAUUAUCAAUGUCGCUUGUAUUGUAGCUUUUCAACUUAGAUCGAGCUUUGUAAAAAAGGUCCCGAUUCUUUCGAUUGGUAAAUUUGACCACUAUGGCUGGAUGUCGAAAUGAUGUAGACCCUGAUGCUCCGUCGUUAGAAGAAGGAAUCCUGUGACUGAUCGAAAUAUCUGUAUCAUUAAUAUCGACGUCAAUCAGCGCUCCAAUUUUCUUGACGAUUAUGUUUGUAUCCUCUCCAGUUGUCACAGGGACUCCUCUAAUUUCGAGACAAUCGCGUCGCGUGUAUUGAGCUUGUUCAUCUAUGGCAGAACGUAAAUCGCUGAUCUCUUUCUUCAUUUUAGCAGAAUCACUUCUCAGGCGCCCGUUUUCUUGAGCUAAAGUCUUCGCUUGUUCUUCCAAGCCUUCCAUCUUUCCUUUCAUUGUUUCAAAUUUUGUAUUAUAGAAGUUCAUCGAUUCCUCAUAAGUCUUCAGCUUUGCCUCCAAGAUGGAUGUCAAGAUGGCCGUCAGUUUGGAUUCUAAGAUUUCAUCCAAAAUGGAUCUCAACAUCGCCUCCAUUUUAGUUUUUUCUUGCUCCAUCUUAGCAGUUUACCAUUCUGGUACAGUAGGUAAAUAAGAGACAACGAAAAAGCACGAAAAAAGUUAACUAUAACAGUAAAAUUAACAGAGCUGAGAAAAGCACGCCAUGCUCGCAUGACAACCGCUGACCUAAACCGCGACCUUUAUGGCUCAGUCAAUUCUAAGCGUGCCUGUCCCCCCUUUAGUUUCGGGCAUUUAAAAUUUUUCGUCCGGAAAGCUGCAAAUUAAGCCACGGUGUGGCCAGGAGAUUAUUGCAAAAGCCCACCUCAGGGCUUGAAAAUGUGUAAAAAUGAACCGCACUGGGGACGUAGCAAAAGGUAUGUUUCCGUGAAAGAGGCUGAAAAUCGCACAUUGAGGCCGGCAUAGCGUGAAUGAAAAUGGACAAAACAGUAUUGACUUCACUGGUGAAAAUUAAGCACAACAACAAAGCCGCUUAGUAAAAACCCACUUCUACAUAGAAUGUUGUUAAGCGAGAGUUUUCUCUAUUUUGGGUUAGACCUCUGAAAAAGGUGUUCUUGACCUUUCAUAAUUUUAACACGGAAAUGUAAAACGUAAGGAAGUGUACUUUUGUUCCAAAAGAGUCUGUUUGUUUCUUACUUCUUUCUUUACAUCCAAAUGUCGGCUGUUUUCUCAGGCUAGGAAAAGCCUACAGGCUCAUUUAUUUUAAACCAGAUACCAUAGUCUCAAAGCUUCAUUAAAAAACUGAGUCAAACCAGACAAAAAAUGUAAUAAUUAUUCCAACUUGUCUGAGAUGCAGCUCCUCGAAACAUUCAAAUGAGGUCAGAAUCGCUUAAGGCUUUUCCUACUGUACUGUGCUGUUAAAACUUUCAACUUUGUCUCGCUUUAAAUGAACCCCAUCCAAGCUAAAGUACUCGAUGAGAGUAAGCUUAAGCAGGUCCCUCGCUUAAGCUUUUAUCCCCACGCCACUUGCGUCAAACAGUACGGCUAUGGAAGGUGUUGAUAAGUGAUGUUACCAAGUUUUAUUUUUUGUGGCAGGAAGAAAAAGGAAACCUCAAACCAGAAGAAAGAAGGCCGUCGUCCGAAUUAGAGGACAACAAAGCAGAGGUUAUUAUCAUACCUUUAUCAGUGUUUAAACACAACUUUAUAGGAAAAUUGCAUCUUUUCAGAAUUCAGAGAACCGAAGCGAGCUAGCCAAUGCAGGUUAAUAAUAUCAAUUUCAAACACACUCUCGGCCUGUCAGGUCUGACAAGUAGUCGGCAAAUGGUAUCACGUUUUCAUUUGGAGAUGGUUAUUUACGUUAAUCGUACAUUGAAAUACAUUCACCAGAUCAUUUCUAGGCGUUUUGGAGUCGAAUAAAGGUUUUUGAAAUUAUUUUAAAUGUAUUGUACUUGGUGUUAUAGUUAGUUACAGGUAACUAAUUACACCUAGAACCCUUGAAAAAUGAAAAAAGAAUGCGAUAUUGUUUAAAUUCUUCUGGACCAAGGUUUUUGUCCACUAACAAUUAAAAUUACUCAAUUUCCUGAUGGAUUCCAUCUUAAUUGUGAUGUCUGGCAGGAUGAACACGAAGAGUCAUCAGAGAACUCGUUCCUCGGGACUGAAUCAUCAUCUGAAUCACAAGAUGGGAGUUUAAGCGAUGAUUCAGAUUCAUUAUCUGGUUCGUCUUUCACCAUUUUCCUUAAUGGCCCUCGCGUUGCAGGUAAAGUGAACUUUUAAAGGUUAAGUUAAAGUUAUAUGCGCGAGCCAAAUUAAGGGCAAUUGACAGCUGUUCAAAAACUCGCGAACUCUGAAGUUCAAAACAGCCGCCUUCAAAACUGUUUUUCGCUGCCGUCAAUCAAAAUUACGACCACAAGCAACGAACCUUGAAAUACAGGAACACACGAAACAGAUCGAAAUUCAACAAUCAGAAACCAUGACCUUUUGAACCCGUUGAAGUAGACCUCUGUUUCCCAAGAGUUCCUCUAAGAUGAUCCUCAGUGAGGGCACCGAAAAACGCAAACGUCAGUUGGCUUUUGAACUUUAGAAUUCGCGUGUUUUUGAAAAGUGCAGUAAAUAGAGGUCAUGAGUUUUAAGAUUGAUUGACGAAGCUUUUAGUGCCUUCUGGGAUCAGGCUCCGUGGUGAGGGAAGAAACGAGACAAGCAGUGGAUUGGGCUCCCGCUCGCCUUGUUGUUGAUUUCCAACAUAUUUUUUUUAUAGCUCUUUGGUCCUGAACCCCUAGAAAAAAAAAUCAAUGGACGAGAUAUAGGUCGCGCCAUUUUAAACUACUCCUUUAAUACUGUAACUGCUUCAAACGUAGACUGUGAGCAGCCGAUUUUGAGUGUGUCGAAUCGACGGGUUGAAUUCAGCCAGCUGAUUUUUAAGUUAACCCUGGAUGUUCGAGAUUGAUACAAAGUGAUGAUGUUGUCAAUAUAAGGCGUUUCUUUUUCCAUUUUUUGUUCGAAACUAGUAGUUGACGAAAAAUAGGCAAAGUCUAGCCCCUUAAACGAUGAAAUGAAAUAUUUAUUUUGGGUUUUGGGUCAAAAAAUCUCAUUGAGACGCUCGCAUUUAGAAAUCGUGAGAAAUUCGAUAAUUCACUUCACUGAUUACAAACUGGUUGAAAUAUUUAGAUAAGAAGCUCUAAAACUUUCAUAUGCUUUAAUGUGAUAUAUAUUCUAGGUAUCUAAUCAGUUACCCGACAAGCUCAGACAUCGUUUGGAUGUAAAGCAGGGGCACACAACGACAAUCUUCGGAAAAAUAUCUGUUCGGAAGACGAUUUGAGAUCUAGAAUUCUCGGAACAUUUGUUGUAAAAUUACUUGCUUGCCUGCCUCUCCUAGGAUUUUCGAACAUCUAAAAACUGGUAAAAUUGCCCAUUUUCAACGGAUUUUUACCCUAAAAAGGUCACCUAGAAUUUUCGGGAGCCUUUUUUCUGGCUGAAAUUUUCGAACAGGUAAGUUUUGAUCACUAUAAUUUUCGGAUCACUAGACUUUCGGCUAGGAAAUCCGAACAGAUGAAAAAUUUAUAGGGGAUAAAAAUAUGCCCAUAUUCACCGUUUAAAUACUAAAACACGUUUAACAAUGCUAUGUUUAAGUGGUUUUGAACUAUAUUCUCGUUGGGUGCCCCUGGUAAAGUUACAAGGUAACCUUAAGAUUGACUUCUAUUUUAAGGCUUUGUGACUAACUACUAUUAAUACUGUAUUCUUUAGGAGAACCAAGAGAAGACUCUUUUAGAACAAAAAUAUACGAGUGAGUACAAGGUUGAAUUCUUAACUUCCUCCCGACUUAUGCGUGUAAAUCAAUUAACUUAACUUUAAAAAAUUAAAAAAACUGUUCAUGAAAGUUAAAGGGUUGCCGCCACGUUUCACAUCUCAACGAAAACUGUUCCCAAGUUUCGGUUACACUGAAUGAUUUGUUUUAAGCUUUAUGAGCCUUUUCAUAAUUACUGUAAUUGCAAUGAUGUAAUUGUAAAUAUGUUUAACAUUAAGAAUGCUCACAGAUGCAGCCUUAUAGAGCUUAAGGUUUGAUCUCUAAUUAGCUACAUGUUAGGUUAUAGUGAAGAGCUUUUUCAUAAACGUUGUUUGCAAACGCAAUGGCUGGCAUGAGAACUCGAGAGAUUUUAAGAGAAAAAGCGGCCUGCAAGCAGUCUAUUUGCUUAAGCCGCCGCCUAAGAACUUGUUAAGGAUUUCAUAUAGUGCUUCAAUCGUGCUUUUGAUCAUUUAAUCGUUUAGUUUAAUUUGCUUAUUGUGAUCGAUUAGUACUACUUGAACUACUAGUUUAAUUUCUAAAUACGUUUUUACUGACUGGCUGACUGACUUAAUAGAUUCAUUGAUUAACUGAUCAAUUGAUUUAAUAACUGAUUGACUGCAGGGCAACAGUGACAAGCGAAGGCAUCCAUUUGGACAUAAUUAAGGGGGCUGCCUAUCUGAUGUUCCCCCCUAAUGCCCUCUCUCAGCCCACAUCAGUAGUGAUCCACAACUGGAAACGCAGUGCUUGUUCACCAAGACGUGAGGAAAAUGAGGCCAUUGUUAGCAAUGUUAUUGAAAUUUCCUCUUCCACUGGCCAACCUCUUGAAUUCGAUGUCGCAGUGAAAUUGUUUUUAUGUCAUAGUGCGCCGGCCUUACGUGGCUAUGAAGUGGUUAUAAAAAAGCAGAUUGGCAAGAGCAAUGAUUGGGAAGAUGUAAAAGGAACUAAGGACUUACGAGAUAAACCAGGUUUGACAGGUUUUUUUUAUUCCAUUGAGAAACUUUCCAUCUGUGACUUGUGACCUGCAAUUUGCGACCUGCGACCUGUGAUCUGCGGAUUGGGCCCGCCGCUCUCAGAAACUCCCUACAAUCUUUGUUACCCUGUAGUAUUUCGGUAAUCGUUUUCCCAUUUCCAUAUGUCCUCAACAAAAACUUUGAGUUUCAAACCUUGCAACUAAAGCAUGAGUGUUUGCCGUGUUUAUAUCAAACAGUGGAUACUAACUUGUAAAUUUUUGUUUCUUAUUACAGACACUGAAGAUGAAUACCCCUCUAACUUGGAUUUUUCUACUUUUCACUUUCCUGUUGCACAAGCUGACAUAACUGAGUUCUCUACAUACACAGUGGUUUGCCGUCUUAAGUCGUCUCCUUCUUAUACAAUCACAUCUUAUGGUUGUUCCAUCGACCAUCCUGAUUAUCCAGACGUGAAAGUGACAAUUCCUGAGAAUGCUGUUGAAAGUGAAACAGCGGUCUCUGUGAAGUUAAAGGUUAGUGUGACUGUAUGUUAACUAAGUUAAACCAGAUGACGAAACUUAAAAUGCAUGAACGCAUUUGACCUGCAAGCGUUGCACAAGCGACUUUUUUACUAUAUCCAAGGGCUUACAAUUGUGUUUGUGAAAGUGGAUCAAACGAAAAGGAUAGGGUUGAAUAAGGUAUUUCAAGGGCUUUUCUCCUCAGUUUUACUCAAUACUGUACUCUGUUCUGAUAAGCUGUACCUACUAGAACCAUCACGAUGGCAAGGCAACAGUCGAAUAGGUCGAAUAAUGUGGCCUCAGAUUUGGGCUGCAAGGAUAUUUUUCUUUUCCAGUGACAAUUUGUGCGAACAGAAGCGUAUUUAUAUGUUCUUUAACAACCGAGUCGGGCAAAUUAUUUGCACGUCUAUGACAAGGCAAUUAUUAUCGUUUGACUGUCAGUAGAGUAUUUCCUUAUGCUUUUUUAGUGAUCACCUUAAUCUUAUUGAUGUUUGAAAUAAGACCAAGUAAACGUAUAUCUGUAUAUUGUCAGUAAACAAAAUACUUGUCGUUAAGCCCGGGUGUACUAUCAGAUGAUUGAUAGAAUUGAGUCUUUCUUAACAUCCCGAUCCAACAGGUCCAAGAAGUUCAAAAUGAAGAAUUUGAAAGACAUGACGUGUUUAUUGGUCCCAUAUUACGAAUUAUCUGCUCACAGAAGGUCACCUUCUCGAAGCCAGUCACAAUUCAGUUACCAAUUUCUCUUCGGCAUGAGCAACAGGAAAUUCCAGAUAUCUCUGAAUGCCGUGUGAGAGUACUGUGUCAGAAAUCCGCUGGUGACCAUGGAGAUUGGCGUGAAAUCACAAGCGAUCUUCGAAAUCCCGCAAGUUUUGAUGGGAAGUUCGUUAGGUUCCAGGUGGAACACUUUUGCAAGUAUGCAAAAAAAAAAAUAGCUACA